AUGGCAAGAUGUGAUGCAACUGAAGAUGUAUUUGAACAAAUUGAUACAAAUCGAGAUGGAAGGAUUGACAAAAAUGAAUAUCGCACAUGGGCUUCAAAUACUGAAGGAUUACCUUCUUCAUCAUAUGAAUCAUCAACUAGUAGAUUUAAUCUUAAUGAUAAUACUACUAGUCGAUUUGAUCGAGAUAGAUAUAGAUUCGGAUCUCGAUAUGCUUCGGAAAAUACGACUGAUAGAUAUGGUUCAUAUGGAAAUACAGCACUACCUAGUGAUUUGACUAGUGAAGCGGCGAUUCAAACAAAUAGUUCAGCAGAAACGGAUGCAUAUCUUGAAAAAUCAGCUCAUAAUAUUUACAGGGAUCCCAAUCCACAAAUUAUUCGACGAGCAACAACUGGAACUCCAGUAACAUAUGAACAACGAGUGGUUAUUCGAUAUCUUCAACCACCAACAGUUCCAGAACCAGGACCACUCAUUAUUAAAGAAGUGCGUCCAGCACAACCACCACCACCUCGACCACUUAUCAUACGAGAAAAUGCAUCAUCUGUUUGUUCACCACCUCCCCUUAUCUUACGUGAACGACCACCAACACCACCAUCAUGUAUUCCCAGUGAAACAGUUACUCGUUGUUUACCUCCUAUACCUGCUCCACCACGAUCAGUUGUCAUCGAACGUUAUCCAUCGCUUCCACCAAAACCACGCGAUAUUAUAAUUGAACGAUGGAUUCCCUAUGGACCUCCAUCUGAACGUCGUCGAGUUGUUGAACCUGCUCCUCCUCCUAUAACAUAUCCAGAACCACGUAAUACGGUUAUUAUUUAUGAAAAUGUUGAAACACGUACAGCCCGGAAAUUUGAAAAACUUGGUGUUGCCCAAGAAAAUCCUGCCGAUUAUGUAGCUCGUUAUGGGGCAUCACUUUUAGAUCCAAGAACACUUGUUCAACAGGCUCGUAGUGCUGGUGUUAUUGAAGAUAUAUCGCCUCCGGUAGGAUCAUCUUCAAUGUAUACAAAUAUACGUGGAAAUACUGUUGAUUUUGACCGGUCAAAUGAAAUAAUCAAUCGAGAUUAUUCAUUACCACGUGUGACUAGCUACGAACGAAUGCCACUAGCUGCUGGUGCACAAGCUUGUAAUCUUGGUAAAAUAAGCUAUUCAUCAUCAGCAUCGAAUUUGGUUGGUGAUCGUGCUUUAGUUAGUAGUGCUUGUACACCCCAACGUACAUUUAGUGGUUGUGAUUCUAGCCUUGCCGCUAAUGACUCUAACUGUUAUGGACAAGCAAAACAAACAGAAUUUGAACAAUAUAUUUAA